AUGAUGAAAUUAUGUUAUUUUAUAUUAAUUAUAUCAACAUUUAAACAUUUCUUUUUUCAAGCAUCAAAAUUAUCUGAUUUCAUUCAAACAUGUCGAACAAAUUCUCCACGUAGAAUGCGAAAUCUUGAUCAACAAACAAUUCUUUUAAUGAAUCAAAAUUCUAAACCAUGUUGUCUACCAGAUACAUGGAGAGCACGUUUUCUUGUUCAAACAGUUAAAGGUGGUCGAUAUUUGAGUCGGUUAGAUCAUGGUGCAUAUCAUAUUAGUCAUAAAUUAGAUGGAUCAAUAGAUAAUGCUUUAUUAGUUGUUGGUCGAAAUGUAUUUUCUACAGAAUUUUGCAGUAUGAAUCAUACAGAAAAUUCCAUUAUUCUUAAUCAUUUAUGUCCAAAUGAUAGUAUAAGAUGUUUACAAAAACCAUUUCUUGGUGAACCAAGAUGUAUGACAGAAAAAGAUGGUUAUACAUUGAAAAAAUCACGUUUAUCUAAUGGUAGAGGACAAAUUAAAGAAAUAUGGUUUAUUGAUAAAUAUGAUAAAACAUUUGGUGAUAUACAAAGACAUUUAUAUCAUGUAAUUCGUCAAUAUGGAUUAUGUCAAUUGUUACGUUAUCAAAUACAAUGGGGAAAGUAUACAAUGCCAUGGAAAAGUUGUCGUUUAUUUAUUAAACGUGAACAAACUUAUACACCGAUAGCUGGUUCAUUUCAACAUCAAUUUAAUCAUUCAUUAGUUGAUGAUCUGUUAUUCUGUUAG